GCAAUUCGACAAUUAUCUUACUGCACUAACAAUAUGGAAUACAAACCAAAUUUCUUAUAUGCUAACAAUAAUAAUGCAUUUCGUUCAGAAACAUACCGGCGCCCUCUGAACUAUUAGUUCACAUUGGGAGGGCCGCUACUUUGGUGAUAGGGCGUUUGUAAGAUCCAUGGGCAGUACUUACAGUAACUACCCGAAUCAAGCCAUCGUCUCCAGGAUGGACCGCAGAGACUCGUCGCAAUAUCCAUUUGGUGGGUGGAAGAUGUGGCUCCUUGAGCACCAUAAGAGUUCCAACACAAAGGUUAUUCUCUCUUGAUAACCAUUUGGUUCGGUCUUGCAGUGAUGUGAGAUAUUCCAUAUACAUACCAGCGCUUCCAGAACCCCUGUACCAUAGCUUGAAGUUGAUUCCAUCUCUCCACACGGUUGAAUGUCAUGUCCAAAUAACAGGGCUCAGGUAGCGCAGUGUAAGGUGACCCAACAAGAAAAUGAGCAGGUGUGAGAGGGUCCAGAGAGCUGUCACCGUUUGCGCACAGUGGUCUUGAGUUUAAUACAGCUUCAAUUUGCGCUAACACAGUAGACAACUCCUCAAAGGUCAGUGCGUUAGCGCCGAUAACCCGACUUCACUCAAAACUAGCAAGUUCCUUAUCCUUCAUGUGAUCGAUGGCCAAACGUCUCAUCUCGUCUAGCGCACGUCUACUUCCAUGAAAGGUGGUACCAUUGUCCGAGUAGAGAUCAGUGGGUCUCGUUCGGCUGUAAGGGUGCGCUGUUUCAAACAUUAAAUUAUAUAAAUCUGCUAGCUAGACGAAUAUAUUUGGCAUACACUAUUUCUAAGGCGAAUUGACCUUGAGCUUUUUUUUUGGAACCGAGCUUACACGAUCCACUUCCAUAGAAAAGCUCAUGCAAGAGAAGGGCCCAAAAAUUGAGCUUGAAUAGUGUGCAGGGAGUCUAGAAUGGUCUGAGCUAUAGGGCAGUUGUGCGAAUAAGAGGAGGGAGAACGCGAAAAAAAACCGCAAGUGCAAGCAAUGCACGUGGAGUGACGUAACACUCCGGUACCCUCGUGGACCUUACAUAAGUCCACGCAUCUUUUUUUCGAGUUCCAAUUUUAAUUAAGGAACGAAAAUAAAACGCCACUGCCAGCGCUGUCUUGCCUCCGUUAAAGGCAAGCGCGUACCCAUUGUGUCAGCCACUAUAAGGCCAGCAGACGACCCCAUCCAUGGUUUCAUGUCGAACUUUUGGGACUACGACCAAAUAAAUGUCGGACCAUAGGAUAAAUUGUUGGAGAGCGAUUUGGCCAUAAGUGCGUAUUGUUGUGUGGAGCGUACCCAGCCAGCCUAAUUCCUAGGCGAACCCUCGUUGGAGUUUAUGUUUCACCUUUGGACACGGGAUAGCCCCUCGCAACAAAGACCGGAGAUUUCUGCUGGGAAGACGUUGCAGCAGGGAUAGCCCCUCGCAACAAAGACCGGAGAUUUCUGCUGGGAAGACGUUGCAGCAGAUUCAAAAACCAGCAAAGAUGACCCCAACCUUACCCCAGCCCGUAGUGGGCCCUCAAACAGCCGUUUUUCUUUUUCUUUAAGUAUCGUACAAACAUGUGUUCAAAUUUAUAAGCAUAAAAUUUAUAAUGAAAUUUCUAUUUAGUAGGUUCUGAAAGUUGGUAACGAGAAGCAAGUUUUACUUUGGUACCCUUCUUAAUAAUUUUAACAGCCUCUAGUGCGCCACCCAUCAUCAAGCCUGCUGACUGGAUUGGACUCUACAAACUCUUGGAUUGGCAAACAUCAACGCAGCGCGAAAACCCAACUUCAACUACAGACUAUAGAGCGCCUGGAAUCAGCGCAGAGCCACCUGAGAAAAGGUUUGCGUCUGCGUCGACGCAGCAAAUUUGGUUGACCACAACAAAUCAGACACGCAAGGCAUAAAGAGUUCGUUAAGAGAGAGCGCGACUAGCUACAAGGACAAUGUCCAACGAAGAGAAUGACUAUAUAGGUGGACCUGGUGCUGCGGAUGACGAUAAUGGGGCAGGAGUUGAUUUGGACGAAGACCGCGGUAGCGUCGCAGCAGCUGCUGCUAGUCACGAACCCAUGCUUGUUGGACAAACAAUGCCACAAAUUAGUUCGAACGCACAGCUCGAGGGAAACGUUACGCCGAAGACGACUCAGUUCGAUGAUAACCAAAUAAAUAAUAACGCUAGCAACAAGCUACUUCACCAGAGCAAUAAUAACGACAGCAACCGCAGUAGCCCCACCAAGAGCCCCACACGCAAUAUAUCAUCGAGUUUUCAAAUCAACUACGAUGACGAGGAGGACCUAACAGAAGAUAAGCCGGCAUUGGCUGCUGGGAUUGGACCAGCACCAGAAGCAGGUGCAACUGCGGGCAGAGGCGGGGUACCCGAUUACUGGCAACAGCGUAACGGAGGAGCCGGAUCAAGUUGCGCAAUCAGCCCUGGAUAUUUGGAUAACAUGAGUGAGAAUUCGGAGCAACCGCCUGUUGUACCCCUUGUGCGUUCAAAGUCUCGACCGGAAAUUUCAAGCUCCGCCGCUUCACGUUAUUCCAAUUUGUCGUAUUGGAAAGCUCGAAGAGUAGUCUUCUAUCGCAAUGGGGAUCCCUUUUUUCCCGGUGUGGAGCUCCGCUAUCGCCCCGGCAGGGAUGUCACCUCGUUGGACAAUUUGCUAGACAAAAUCUCUCCGAAAAUGGAUUUGCCCCGAGGGGCCCGCUAUGUCUUCUCAAUGGAUGGCGAUCGAAAGUAUCACCUAGACGAACUGGAAGAUGGGGCCUUCUAUGUCGUCUCCUCAUUUAAGGCAUUUAAGCCUGCCAGCUACGGUAAAAAGAACGGCAUGUGGUACGCAUCGCCAGGAAAUCAGGGAUGGGGAUCCAAGCCUGCUAGUCGCAAGCCAUCAAUAAUGGAAGCGGAUUUGGGCACACUAUCAACUACAUCGGGAUCGAUAAAACGUAGUGCUGGUCGUGUAAUACGCAUCAUCAACAAUUUGGACCAUUCGGUGCAGUGUCGCGUUUUGUUAAACCUACGCACCUCUCAACCAUUUGAGGAAGUGCUUGAGGAUUUGGGUCAAGUGUUAAAAAUUAACGGAGCAAAAAAAAUGUAUACAGGCACAGGCCAGGAGGUACGCAGUUUUUCUCAACUCCGCAAUGAAUUCGCCGAUGUGGACACAUUCUAUUUAGCCACAGGAACAGCUCUGAUUGCUGGUUCGCCUAUACGUAGAUCGCGGUCACGUCCUUCGGUAGUUGCGGCCGCACCCAUAAUUCCCACGGACGAAUUGCCCAAAGUGCCGUUGCGAGGUGCGCGUCCACGCAGCAAGAGUCGUCCACGGAUAUUGUAUGCCCCAGAGAGUGAGAUUUUACGACCAAAUGGGGAAUACUCUAUGUUGGACAUAAUGAAGGAAGAGCCAAGUAAGGUGACCAUACGUGGACUGCGACGCACCUUUUAUCCGCCCUUACACCAUGCACCGGCUGAUAAUUCACCGCCCGAUAAAAAACUGCAAUUGCAGUGGGUUCAUGGUUACCGUGGAAUUGACGCACGUCGCAAUCUAUGGGUAUUGCCUUCUGGAGAACUUCUCUACUAUGUGGCCGCUGUGGCAGUUCUAUUCGAUCGGGACGAAGAUACCCAGCGUCAUUAUGUAGGCCACACCGAAGACAUUAUGUGCAUGGAUGUGCAUCCCUCACGAGAGCUGGUGGCUUCCGGUCAAAAAGCAGGUCGCGAUCGAAAAUCACAGGCACACGUUCGCAUUUGGAGUACUGAAUCGCUGCAAACCCUAUAUGUUUUCGGUAUGGGAGAACUAGAUACCGGAGUUACAGCUGUAGCCUUUUCGCAGUUGAACGGAGGCAGUUAUAUUCUUGCUGUUGACAGCGGCCGGGAGAGCAUAUUGUCUGUUUGGCAAUGGCAAUGGGGUCACCUGCUGGGCAAAGUGGCUACUCUGCAAGAGGGCUUAUCGGGGGCUGCUUUUCAUCCCCUCGAUGAUAAUCUUAUUAUCACUCAUGGUCGUGGGCACUUGGCAUUCUGGCAUCGCCGCAAAGAUGGUUUCUUUGAACGUACAGAUAUUGUUAAGCAGCCUUCACGUUCACAUGUAACCAGCGUGCAAUUUGAGCCAGAUGGCGAUGUUAUAACAGCGGAUUCGGAUGGUUUUAUUACCAUAUACUCGGUGGACUCUGAUGGCGCCUACUUUGUGCGCACAGAAUUCGAGGCACACAAUAAAGGCAUCGGUUGUCUUAUUAUGCUAGGUGAGGGCACUCUGCUUUCAGGUGGUGAAAAGGAUCGGAAAAUAGCCGCAUGGGAUUCCUUACAGAACUACAAGAAGAUAGCCGAUACAAAGCUUCCCGAAGCCGCUGGUGGAGUGAGAACCAUCUAUCCACAGCGUCCUGGCCGCAAUGAUGGCAACAUCUACGUGGGCACCACCCGCAAUAAUAUUCUAGAAGGCUCUUUACAGCGUCGCUUCACGCAGGUUGUGUUCGGGCACGGUCGUCAACUUUGGGGGUUAGCCGCUCAUCCUGAUGAUGAACUGUAUGCCACAGCUGGCCAUGAUAAGCAUGUGGCCCUGUGGCGAAAGAAUAAACUAAUUUGGACCAUUCAAACUGGUUAUGAGUGUGUUGCAUUGGCUUUUCAUCCGUUUGGCACUCUGGCUGCGGGCAGCACUGAGGGUCAUCUGUUGGUUAUCAAUUGUGACAACGGAGCUGUGAUGUUGACGCUUCGUGUUUGUGGAUCACCCCUCAAUUGCGUGGCUUACAAUCAGGUUGGCGACAUGAUCGCUAUGGGUUCGCAAAAUGGCAGCAUUUACCUCUUUCGCGUCUCACGAGAUGGUUUCUCAUAUAAGAAGGUCAACAAAAUACGCGGUUCCCAGCCUCUCACGCAUCUCGAUUGGAGCAUGGAUGGAAAUUUCGUGCAGACAGUGACUAUUGAUUUCGAUUUACUAUUUUGGGACGCCAAGUCACUGUCACCCGAACGUAGCCCCAUUGCCAUGAAGGAUGUCAAAUGGCUGACCAGCAACUGUACAGUGGGCUUUUUAGUGGCUGGACAGUGGAGUAAUCGUUAUUAUAGCAGCACUACUACAAUUGUAGCCACUUGCAGUCGAUCAGCUGCCCAUGACAUGUUAGCCUCAGGUGAUGCUGAAGGAUAUUUGCGCUUGUUCAGAUAUCCUUGCAUCUCGCCACGUGCUGAGUUCCAUGAGUCAAAAGUUUAUUCUGGAAUGCUGGCUUGCGCUCGUUUUCUAUGCGGCGAUCACACCCUAAUCACUGUAGGCGGCACUGAUGCUUCCCUAAUGGUCUGGGACAUUGUUGAGGAAUAACUGAAAUGGCCACCGUGGCGCCCUACUGGACAGUACGAAUCAUCUUACACGGAUUACUGGCAUCGUCGCACUUCUCAAGUUUCCUCCACCGUUUUGGAUAGUGACUCUUUGGGCUAUCAGUAAAAAAAACUCCGAGUAGCUUCAUACGUCCAAGUACUGUCUAGUUUUUAAGCUUGCAAUACCAACAACGACAAUGAAUUGGCCAGCAUUCCCAUUUGGUUUAUAGAAAAAUAUCAAAAAAGGUAGCUUCGGCUAUGCCGGGACUUUUAUACCCUUGCAGUCUUUUUUCGUAACAUUUUAAUUUGUUAUAACUGUGACAAUCACUCUGCCUUCCUCCUUUUAUAUCUUUCCCUUCAGCUUAAGCCCCUUACAUAUGUAUACGGCAUAUCGUCACACAGUUUAUGCAGUUUAUGCUUUUCUUAGAACUUUUUUGGUAUUGUUCCUAUCCAUAGGUUUGAGAGUUACCUAUGAGUGAUGUAGUUGUCCGAUCUCAAAACUCAAAGGUGCAAAAUACAUAAGUGUUUGCGACUAAUUUGGGUUCAAAAACUUAAGAAAAAAAAGUUUUCCUUUUUAAGUCUACUCUUAUCACUGAUCGUUGUGAUCGAUGUGGUAGCUAUGUAUUACAUUGGAACGAUCCGACCGAUUAAAGAAUUUCUCCUAAAUAUGGUAAAAAAUAGCUGCAAUUUGAUUCAAUAACUUUUAAAAGUGUGAGAGUAAUUGAAGAGGACAUGCUGACCGACUUCAAUAUGGCUUCAUCGACUCGGCUGACGAGUAAGCUUUGCAAGGGUAUAACAAUGACUAAAAUCAUAAAAUAUAUGAGAUUAU